CAGGCCUGAACGUCACCUACCUGUUGCUCCAUUGCUAACUGGUAAAAAGGAACAGGAAAAUUCUUGGGACAUUUGGGUAAUAUUUUCUAGAGUAGUAACUUUUUGGGCGCCAAAUAUAGCAUUAAGUUCGCUCGGUGGUCUUCGUGAUGCACAAUCUCAACAAGCAUGGCGUGAAAAAGUUGCAUUAUGCUUCAUAGCUGUUGUAAUGGCGGGUUGGCAAUUUAAUGUUCUUAAUGCUAGAUCGGUCGCAAAUCUUAAUUUUACGAAACUUGUAAUAGAACAAAAUGGGCAAGAUAUCACUAAUUUAUUCAAACGGAGUGAACCUCCCCAGUGUAGUUUAAAACCAAAUCAACAAUUUACCAUCGUAAGAGAUUCAGUCUGUAUUCCGGACAAUUGUAGCAAUAGAACACUUGAACUUAAUGAAACCACACUAAAAACACUUAAUGUUUUUAACACAUCUAGAAAAGUUGGUUUUGAUUGGGAUCAACUUAAUAGUCCGUUUUUGGAAAAUUACUUAGUUGUAGAUGGCUUUGUUUUGAAUCUCAACCCAUAUAUUAUUGCGCACCCAGCAAAUCAGUCAGACCAAUUGGAUAUCAUUAUUCGCAAAGUUUUGGGAGGCGCUCAUGGAAAGGAUGCAACUCGUCUUCUUUUCGGCAGGGAGAAUACGAAGGCUACAGUCAAUUGUUUAAUUGCCAAAUAUUAUGCUGGAAACAUUGAUAAGCAAACUAUUGGAUGCUUUACUUCUCAAUUAUUUCUAUAUAUUUCACUGACUGUGAUCUUGGGAAUAGUUCUAACUAGAUUUAUUAUGGCUUGUGUGUUCAAUUGGUUUAUAUCUCAUCGUCUCGCUCUCCCACCAAAAAAUAAUAACAGAUCUAGAAAGGUAGCACCUAUGCCACUCGGUCAACAUGGAGGUCAGAACCCCAUUAGUUAUGCAAACAGUCAUAUUAAAACCAUGAAUGAUGUUGGAAACGACUUGUUCACUGUUAUGUUAGUUACAUGUUAUUCAGAAGGCGAAUUAGGUAUACGUGCAACUUGUGAAUCAAUGGCAUCUACUGAUUACCCUGAUGAGCGUAAACUAUUGUUCCUUAUCUGUGAUGGUAUCAUUACUGGAAGUGGCGAAUCUAAAAGCACACCUGAUAUUUGUAUCGGACUCAUGGAACUUGACCCAGCUUUUAAAGAUCCCCAACCUCGAAGUUAUGUUGCUGUGGCUGCGGGAUCUAAGCAACACAACAUGGCCAAGGUUUAUGCUGGGCAUUUUG